AUGUAUGCUUGGAAGCGCCUCCUCCAGCUCCAGUCACCGCACCACGGUUCGUUAUCAUCAGGACAGCCAAACUCUAUUCCGAUGCCACAGAACUCUUCGCUCUCGCUCUGGGCAACAUUCGACCCUUUGGUCACAUCGAAAGCUGGGAAGUGGGCUACCACCCUGAUGGAUUGUUCGUUAGCAUAUGUACCUAAAGACUUCAUAGGGUUUAGGAGCAUACUUGUUCUGAUCAACCUUAACCCAGAAGUCUGUCGCUCCUUGAGGGCAGCCAGUGCCCCAGUGUUUGACCGUGGCUCUGCUUUCCAAAGGCAUGCCCGCCACACGGGACAGCACCGCAGAAGCCACGACAACAACGCCUAA